AUGUCAAGGAUCGAACCUGAAAAGUUCGUAACUGCAAUUAAGUUCAAUGCUGACAAUGUCAAAAUCGGCUCAAGGUUCAAAGAAGUCAAUCACAAGAAUCUAGACGGGCAGGAUGUCGGUUCCCUGGUUCAGCACGUGAAGAUCCUCAACUUUGUCGGCACUACGCACUAUUGCCGGAAAUGCGUCAUUCUCAGGGACGUUCCAAAGGAAAGGGCGAUACGAAAACGAAACCAAUUUUUCUAUGACCCACAGCUCAGUAUUGAUCGAAUAAGAGAAAUGAAGGAUGCGGCAAGACGGCGAUCGGAAACCGAUGCCAACCAAGAGAAUCAGAACGGAAACCCGGAAAAACAACAACGAGGACCGCAUGUCGGUGGUGCCGAAACACACAGUGGUGAUCCAGUUGUUGAAUCGAACAUCGCCCUACGCAAACUCUCGGAAGCAUUCGCCCAACGGAUUGAAGGCAAAGCGUUUGUACGUCGUGGGGCUCUACGACAAAAGAAUGUCCACGAAAUAAAAGCACACAAGUUCAUUGCCAGAUUCUUCAAGCAGCCUACUUUUUGUUCACAUUGCAAAGAUUUCAUAUGGGGACUGAAUAAGCAAGGAUUUCAAUGUCAAGUGUGCUGUCUCGUCGUCCACAAACGCUGUCAUGAGUUUGUGAAUUUCGCCUGUCCAGGUGCUGAUAAGGGUGUCGACACAGAUGACCCGCGUCAGCAACAUAAAUGGAAGGUACAAACGUACUCGUCGCCAACCUUUUGCGAACAUUGUGGAUCACUACUUUAUGGAUUAAUACAUCAGGGGAUGAAGUGUCAAUCGUGUGAUGCGAAUGUACAUCACCGUUGCGUCCGUUACGUACCAAACAUGUGUGGAACGGAUCAUACAGAAAAACGAGGUCGAAUCUUGCUCGAAAUUACUGCGAAAGAUGGAAUACUCACGAUUUUCGUCAAGGAAGCUCGUAAUCUCAUACCAAUGGAUCCGAAUGGACUGUCUGAUCCGUAUGUGAAGUUGAAAUUAAUACCGGAGGAUGCUGGCUGCAAGUCGAAACAGAAAACAAAAACACUUCGAGCAACACUGAAUCCAGAAUGGAACGAAAAAUUCACGUAUAAACUCCAGCCAGGAGACAAAGAUAGGCGAUUAUCAAUUGAAGUAUGGGACUGGGAUCGGACAUCAAGGAACGACUUCAUGGGAAGCUUGUCAUUCGGAAUUUCUGAACUGCUCCUCGAGUCGGCAUCUGGGUGGUUCAAACUCCUCAACGCGGUACGCCAUUUUUUCAUUUUAACAAACAUUUGA